CCGAAAAUGGAAAAUCCAAGAAAGUUCCAUUAAAAAAAGAAGCAAAAAUUAUUCUCAGCUUACACAACCCAGUUAAGCAAUCAAAAGUAGAAGCUCCAUUGCAAAAGCAAUUAGCUCAAACUUUAUCUUCUUCUUCACUCUUCUUCUCCUCCAGUCUUCUCACAGCAAAUGUCAGUUGCAUGCGGCGUCGAAUGCGUCCUCGUUUUGGGGUUCGGCCGCUGGCUCUGGAAGCGUUGCACCUACGUGGGUUCCGAUGACAGCGACUCCUGGCCCACCGCUGUUCCCCACGAGUUCGAGCCCGUGCCACGUGUGUGCCGACUUAUCUUAGCCGUUUAUGAGACCGACCUCCGCCAUCCACAAUUCCCUCCCGCCGGCGGCUACAAACUCAACCCGGACUGGGUCGUGAAGCGCGUGACUUACAAGCAGACUCUUGGUCACGCGCCUCCUUACAUCAUCUACGUCGAUCACAACAACCGCGAAAUAGUCUUGGCCAUUCGCGGCCUUAAUUUGGUCAAAGAAAGUGAUUACAAAACGCUUUUGGAUAAUCGAUUGGGAAGGCAAAUGUUUGACGGAGGAUAUGUUCAUCACGGGCUGUUGAAGUCAGCGGAGUGGUUGUUGAAUCAAGAGAGUGAGACUUUGAAAAGGCUGUGGAUUGAGAAUGGGAGUGAGUAUGAUUUGAUUUUUGCUGGGCAUUCGUUGGGUUCUGGCGUGGCGGCUUUAGCUACUAUUGUGGUGGUCAAUCAUAGAUAUAUGCUGGGUGGGAUUCCGAGGAAUAAGAUUAAGUGUUACGCGGUGGCGCCGGCGAGGUGUAUGUCCCUUAAUUUGGCUGUUAAGUAUGCUGAUGUUAUCAAUUCUGUUAUUUUGCAGGAUGAUUUCUUGCCUAGAACCCCUACUCCUUUGGAAGAUAUUUUUAAGUCAAUAUUCUGUUUACCUUGUUUACUAUUUUUGGUUUGCUUGAGGGACACCUUCAUACCAGAAGGCAGAAAGCUCAGAGAUCCUAGAAGACUUUAUGCACCUGGUCGUAUGUAUCAUAUUGUCGAGAGAAAAUUUUGCAGAUGUGGGAGGUUUCCACCAGAGGUGAGAACUGCUAUUCCUGUAGACGGUAGAUUUGAACACAUUGUUUUAUCGUGUAAUGCCACAUCUGAUCAUGGGAUUAUUUGGAUAGAAAGGGAAUCAGAGAAAGCUUUACAAAGAAUGAGGGAAAUCAGCCCUGAAUCCGUCACAACUCCACCAAAGGUGCAGAAAAUUGAAAGGCAGAAGACCAUUGAAAAAGAACACAAAGAUGCAUUGGAAAGAGCUGUUAGUUUGAAUAUACCCCAUGCUGUAACCGACGCAGAGGAACCUCAAAAAAAUGAGGCAGAGUCUUCCCCAGGUGGGCACCAAGAUACGUCAGACACUAAAACAAGCUCCAGUAGUGAUAAUUGGAAUUACUUGGUUGAGAAGCUUUUCAAGAAGAGUGAAACAGGAAAACUAAUUUUAGACAAAAAUGUGGACACUUUCGAAGCAUAGAGAUGCCUUUUCUUUUCUUAUACCGAUUAGAUAGUACCACCUCAAUACGGAUGAGUUUAUACAAUAUAUUCCUGUAAGAGCUGAAUCCUUCUUGACCUGAUUCGUUUUGUCAAAAAAGUGAAUAAAAUUGCAGCUUCUUUAUAAAUUCUAA